GCCGAAAUGCUUCGGCGUGAUGGGGACAGUGGCCUCCGGCCUGCGGCCCUGGCAAGGGGAGCUCUCAGGGAUUUUUCUGGCUUGAAGCAGCCCCCAGAACUCAUGCCGCGUGGUUCCGGUGCACUUAUUGAUCGUCCCCCGUGAAUUUCACUGCCAAAAUCUGCCAGCGAGUCCAGGCCAGCAUUUUGCUGCGUGCCCGUGUUUUCAGACACUGCCGCCGCCCACAGCAAGCAGGACUUGUACCGAGAGGAGGAGGGGAACUGUGCAAGGCAGGUGAGGCCGAGUAGUGAAGAGCAUCAUGGACCUGGAUAUGCUGAACAUGUUUAUCAUUGCCAGUGGCACCCUGGCUAUCCCCAUCCUGGCCUUUGUGGCCUCAUUCCUCCUAUGGCCCUCAGCGCUUAUCCGCAUCUACUACUGGUACUGGCGCCGAGCCUUGGGCAUGCAGGUUAGAUAUGCAAACUACGAUGACUAUCAGUUUUGUUAUUCCUAUAGAGGAAGACCUGGAUGCCGGCCGUCCAUCCUGAUGUUACAUGGGUUCUCGGCUCACAAAGACAUGUGGCUGUCCAUAGUCAAGUUCCUGCCAAAGAACUUGCACUUGGUAUGUGUGGACAUGCCUGGGCAUGAGGGCACAACCCGCUUCGACUUGGAUGAUUACUCCAUUAGUGGGCAAGCUAAGAGAAUACACCAGUUUGUGGAAUGCAUCAAGCUGAACAGAAAGCCCUUUCAUCUGGUUGGCACUUCCAUGGGGGGAAAUGUUGCUGGUGUCUAUGCUGCUCAGUACCCAGAAGAUAUUUGCAGCCUGACCCUCAUCUGUCCUGCAGGCCUGCCAAGUACCACUGACAGCAAGUUCAUUAAGCAGCUCCGGGAGCUGCAAGAGUCCAAACGCAUUGACAGGAUCCCUUUAAUCCCCUCAACACCCGAGGAGAUGGCAGACAUGCUGAAGCUUUGUUCCUACGUUCGCUUCAAGGUGCCACAGCAGAUUCUCCAGGGUCUAGUUGAUGUUCGCAUCCCACACAAUGAAUUUUACCGGAAACUGUUUUUAGAAAUCGUGGAUGAAAAGUCCAGGCACUCUCUCCAUGAGAACAUGAACAAGAUCAAAGCACCAACACAGGUCAUCUGGGGAAAGCAGGACCAGGUCCUGGAUGUUUCUGGUGCCAGUGUUUUAGCAAGUGCUAUUCCAGACUGCCAUGUGUACAUCCUGGAGAACUGUGGGCAUUCAGUGGUGGUGGAGCGGCCCCGCAAGACAGCCAACCUCAUCCUGGAGUUCCUGGCGCUGCUGCACAGCAUAGAUAACAAGAAGCAGGCAUGAGUGUGGCAGGGAGCCAAGUGCCAUGCCAGGUUAAAUUGUAAAGUACUGCAGCUUUGAUACGUUCUCAGGGAUCUUGUACUAAUUGGGGUCAAUGUGCCAAAGUCCCUGAGGAAGGCAGAAUCACUGAUACCUAAACCUAUAGCACCACUGGAACAGCAACCUGGGGUCAUUGAGGAACCUCCAUAGAUGCAGGAACAGAAGCAGAGUAUCUCCCUUUUCUACUUAGAGGUAAGAUAGAAAUGAGCUGAAAUUACCCAGUGCUCAUCACACAGCCACCCAUCUUACCUGGGUUACCAGCACGUAGUUGUUCAUGACAUUUACCUAAACUGUAUAUGAAAUGUAGGAAGGAGAAAGCAUCCUGGACUGAGACUAACAAUAUUUUUACUACUUAAGAGUCCAUUGUGUUGCAUGCUGCUGUGCUGUAAGAGAACCCCCAAGUGCUCUAGGUGUCUGCUUGAGUGGUCUUUGUAUAGCUCCUUAUCUCACGAUUUAUGCAGAAAACAACAGAAAACUGUAUUUGUGGAAGUCCAAUGACUGUAUGUGCAAAAAUGUUUACACUCUGAGUGGGUUUUUCUAAAUCUCUAAAUAGCUCCUGUGUAUUUGUAAUGCCUUAACAUUGCCCAGGGUGUGGUGUCUGUGCACAGCCCACCUUGCCCAGGGCUGGUUCUGAGGGUGAACACAGCCAGUGACAACGGGGUGCAGGCAGCAGCGCUUUGUCACUGCUGUGGAACCGGGGCAAUGGCAAGCGCCCAGGGCCAUUCAGCCCCAGAGCCUGAGUAAGCAAUAAGCCCAUGGCCAAGAUGUGAUUCAGCCACCUUGGGUGAACUCAGCUCCUCUAUCACAUUGUGCUGCUGAACACCUGGAUGUAAAUAAUUAUUUUCUUAAUGAAUUCUGUGAAUUCUGCAAAAGUCAAGGCCACCAGAACAAGUGUGAGGGGUGGGAGGGGGCUGUGUGUGUGACCAGCACAGGGAAUGGUGAGAAGGGGUCAGCUUGCCUACAAGGUGCUGGGUGGUGGUGAGGAAAGGUACAAUGUGCUUCUGCAUCCUCUCCAUGACUGCAACUCCUGGCCAAGUGAAACUAUAGGUAGAAACAGGCAAUACAGGCAAGCUGCCCUUUACAGCAGGAUCCAUCCUGCAGCUUUCCAGGUGUGGUCACUCACUGCCUGUCCCAGGGACAGAACACUGGUCCCAGUCUCAGGCAAGACUGAUGGGUGCUGGAGGGCAAGGUGGUGCAUGGUGCCCUCAAAGGCAAAGCAGCAGGUGGCUGUCAUCCCUCAGUUACCCCCAGCCCUCCUCAGGGGGUGACUGGGUGCUGUUAGAAUGUCCCUCCCCCUGACUGGAAACACAGGCUUGUGGUGCUGACAGCUUCCUGAGGUACCCGGAUCUGUACAUACGUCUGAAACUCCCCAUCAGCUUCUUGGCUCUUUUUAAGAGAAGAAACAUUGUUCUUUUAGAAAUAUAGAAAUUUGCUGUUAAUUGCUUAGUUACUGUUUCUACUAAAGGAGUUUAUUUAAAAAAAAUGCUGGAGUUUUAUGUGAUAAAACCCAGAAAAACUUGUUCGGUAUCUAUAUGGUUUCUCAUGCCACAGAUUGCUGUUUGCAAAGGAUUUAUAUGGCUAUUAAAAUCUAGUGAUUUAAGCA